GCCAUAACAGUCAGGUAUCGAUAUACACGAGUACUAGGAAGAUCCGAAUUUUAUUGAAUUUCGACGAAACCGAGGAAUAUUUUCGAUUUAUGACCUCGCUAUAUCCUUUCCACGAAGAGUACCUACUCUGCAUCGUCUAUCAUCCGGGUGCGUCGUACACCGCCUUGUCAUACAAGUUGCCUUUCGCCCCUGUGCGUUUAGAGUACGAAAACAUUGCUAGACAUUAGACAGGAGCAUAGCGAGGAAUUGGACCGGUUUGCUUAUCAGCACCGGGUUCGGAAGAAGCCGGGCAAAGAAGGCGGGCCAAACGACAAAGAAAAGGAAGUGGAAGAAGAAGUCGAACGGGAAAGACAAAGGAAAAGAGGAGAAAGAGAAGAAGGAGAAAAAGAGGCUGCGGAGAUGAGAGCGAUCGCGGAUGAUCCAGAAAUGGCCAGAGUGUACGUCGAGUGGUUAAAGAAUCGUAGCAAGCGCGCAGCAACUGCUACCGCUCUGAAAUCGAAGAUGCAGAAAGCGCUGCUCUCGGAAUUGUGGGAGAGAGUGGCGGAGAAACAGGAAAGAACGUUCGACGAAGAAAUCGCGAAGCGAGUGUUGGACCAGUCGAGAUACGAGAAACAGAUCGUGACGAAAUUGUGCGAGGUCCGCGAGCAGAAGAAUAUAAUGGCCGAAAAUCAGAAGGUCGUCGAGGACAUAACCGUAGAAGCAAAGGAGGUGGAGCAUCGCGCGAGCUACGAAAGAGCUCAGGAUCUGGUGAGCAAGCGACAGAAAGACAUUGAAAUCGAAUGCCGAAGAAUAUGCGAAUUGCGCCAACGGCUUUUGAUGGAAAAGAUACGAAAGAUACGGGAGAAGCACUGGCGAUUUUGCCGAGACAUCGUCGACGACUUGGCGAGCAUCGCGUUGAACGUGGGUGACCACCGACGAGUGAACGACGGUUGCGUACCGCUCGUUCUUCUCAGCGAAUGGAAGAUGCUGUUUCUCAAGUCGCAGCCCAUCUUCGACGAAGAAGUACCUUACAAUGGAAAACACAAACAACCCUCGGAGCAGGAGCUCGAAAUGUUGCUGAAAUCGGAUAUGUGGAUGGAGGUUGACAAGAUGGAUUUGCUGCGAGAUGCUCUGUUCGACAAUUAUUUGGAAACGAACCCACCUUGGAACGAGUCGUUGCCGGAGCUGGCCGAAGAAUUGCAAGAUCUUGUCAAGCUGGGACGCGCGGUGCUUGGAUACAUCGUGCAUCGACUUCUCAACUUCCUUCAUGUUCAUCCCGUGGACCGAUCUCAAACCUUGCUGCAGAAAUUCAAGAACGUGACGAUCGUUCUCGGGAUAGGAAACCCCGCGGUUUGCGAGUCGAUUCGAGCGCUGCUCGAUCGAUCUGCUAUUCGGACUGUGAGAAUGGAAGACGCGAUUAAUUAUUGUCUGGAACGGUACAAGCAGGAGAUGUCCGAUGUGGAGUACAUCGAUUCGAAUAUAAUCGCUGCGACGACGGACGUCAUUAGGAAGCUGGAGAGCGAAAAAGGGCAAAUCUCGUGCGCCAGGAUGGAUAGACUCGGUAAAGAUUCGAAAUGGGCAACUUCCUCGCCGGAAACGACAACGAGGAAAGGCGUGACUGGCGAGAGAAAGUUAUUCGUUUCGGCAAAAUCAGAGACGGAGGAAGAAUCGAACACUCGCGAUAAGCAAACGCAAACUCCGAGGAACAUACCGUACGACGAUUUAGAUCCCGUAUUGACCGAUGCCGCGUACAUUGGUAAGUGGGCCUAUGAAUUUCUAACGUUGGGCGAACCGAUCACGGACGAUCUCGCGACCAAGAUCUUGAUCGAGUACUUGAAGAGCUUGGUGAACGCGAAAGGUUGGGUUCUGCUCGAUUAUCCCAACACUUACGAGCAAAUGUCGCGACUGGAGACGGCGAUGACGGGCUCGGCUCCACCUCCCGACCCAAAGUUGCUCGAUUUCGACGACGUUACCAUAGAGGACAUCGAGACCGUGACUCCGAGAAUCGUCUUCGAAGACAAGUCCGACCCAUACUCGUUAAACAGACAGGCAAAGCUGGUACACGAUCCGGGCGCGGAGCUACAAGCCGAACCCGCGAGUCGUACAUUCGCCACGCUCUUCGUUCGAGUGAAGCAACAACCAAAAUACUUCGAAAUAGGAGUUCGAACUUACGAAACGUUGAACGAGGACUCGCCAUCGAUCGACAAAUUCUACGCGUCCCGCAAGAUCGCUCGCAUUCUCUACUAUUCCACCUUCGAUUUGGCCACGUUGAAGAAAUUGGCCAGACUUAUGAUAGGCGACCCGUUGCAGAGGAAACCUUCCGAGGAAUUAUUCGGCGAUGCGUUGAAUAUGUUCGAGCGUGAGACGAAACGUGGCGCGACCUUGAAGGAGGCCGUCGUUCGACAGCUGGUAACCGAGGAAGAGUACGCGCAACUCGAGUCCGACGUGGACGACGACGCCAUGGAAGAGGAGGCGAAGCAAGAUCUCGUAUCCGACGAUUUCCAGAUGGAGUUCGAACCGCGACCAGCCAGACCUGGUGAACCCAAUUGGCAAUGGGUCGACUUUCCUUUGCCUUUCGCGUUGCUAGAAAAUUUGGCAAGCCUGUGGGAGAGCUUGGAAGAGAUCUACGUGGAGGAAAUAAAGGAAUUGCUCCUCCUCAAGAGCAUCCACGCGUCGAGUAUCGUUCCAUAUGCAGAUUUCAUAACGAGAAACGCGUUGGAGUUUGUUAAACGACCUGAUAACAAACAGGAUCUGCUGCACCGAUUUCAUCAGGCGUUCAACGCGAUCGACGAGGACGCACGGAACGACGCGGACGUCAAGUGCGAGCUGCAUCGUCGCGUGGCAGAUUUCCAAACGGAACUUUGGGAAAUUUGCGAUCGGAGAAGACGCGAAGCUGAGGAGGAACGGAGGCGAUUCGUCAACGACCAGUGGGCUGUUUACGAGGCGGUAGUUCUGUUUAACACGUACAUCGGCAUCGUUCAAGCGGAGAUCGAUCGAUGCGUCGACACGAUACGUUUGUUGCAAGAUUACUAUUUCGGAAUGAUGAAACAACCGCUGCGAGAAAUCGGCGUUUCGAAGGUUGUUCUGAAUAAAAUCGAAAUCGAGACGAACGACAGGGAAAACGACGUGGACGAUGGCAACGAACAGCGGGAUUUCCAAGAGCAGCCACCGUUCGAACCUUCGAAUUUUGUCGAAAAAUCGCCUGAUCGAAAGGCAAGAGGAAGACUGAAAACCAAAGACAGACGGUCGACGAUAACAUACGCCGCUGCUCCACCUGCCCUCGAUCGCGAAUCUCUUCGAAUGGAGAUCAACGACGCGUUUGUCGACAGACAGAAAACUAUCGACAACAUGGAGAACAACAGUUUGUUUACGAGAAUCGUAGAAAACGUUCGAUAUGUGAAAAGUAUCGUGGAAACGUUGUUCGCGGCUAGCAACGAAGCGAUUAGAAGAGAACAGAUGGCAAUUUCCAAGAACAAAGACUUUUCGACCGAUUCGUCCGAUUCGAUCAUUGGGAAAAUGGCGUCGAGGGGUCAAGAUCUAAUUUUGGAAUGGCGCUACGCCAUUACCUACGAGAUAGAAAGAGUUCGUGAGAAACUGGACUCGAUAGUGAACGUGGCUCGACUGGAUGUCGCUUUCUUGUUGAGGACGUUGCAAAGGACCUUCCACGGCAUUUACGAUGCCAUCGUAGACAGAUAUUGGCGGGAGAUGAAGAGCGUGAACGACAUGGCGAAUGUGUUCUGUUUCGCGAUCGAGGAGAGUAGAGUGCUGGAGACAGAGCUGCUACUAGAGGGUGACCGGUUCGUCGUCCGAUCGAACGUGUACAUGAUGGAAGUAGAACCGGAGAAGCCGAAGCGCGUGGAAGAGAUCGCGUCGUCCUCCCGAUUCCGAAUAGCCAGCCUCGCGCGCUUGAUGGAGAUAUUUAAACGAGUCGCGCCAAGUGGAAUGAUAUGCGAACGCAGCCUAGUUUAUAUCUUUCAAGAUUUAGCGAGCCACGGCCAGGAAGAGGGAGAGCCAAUGUUGCUGCCAUGCUCUUGGUACCAACUUCGACUGGGCGAAAUCUCGAAAUUGCUUGCUAGAUUUUCCGGUUCCGUCGAAUACGUCGAUUGGCGAGAAUUUCUCGUUUGCGCGAUGGACCUUCCCAUUCCGAACUGUCAAGAAACGUUAAUAGCCAGGGAUCGCUUCAGGAUUCAGGAUCCCGAGUUGAGAGAAGUGGUGACUGUAGCUCAGUACGGUCGAACGUCGCUGUGGUUUCUCGAAUGCUCGGACGGUUCUGCCAAUGUACAGCAGCUUCCUUUCGACGAGUUUCGAAAAGGUUCAGAGGACCUGGACGAGGAGGAACUGUACCAAUUGGACACUGACGCGACUUUCUCCAUGCGAUCGAGCCGACCUGCCUCGCAAGUCGACGUGUCGUUGCUGCAUUGCUUGAGUCCCGAAGAAACGCUCAGGCGAAUGUCGGCCAAAAAACUGCUGUGUCGGAUGUACAUGACGGAUCGAUACUCGGUUAACUAUACCGCGCUGCUGUUGGCUUUCUGCAAGGACGAAACUCCGCGAGACGGAUUUGCAAAAGCGCUGGCCUUGGCUCUAGGCAACCGUGUCUGCACCGAUAUGCACGAGGGCGAAAGAUACGUCGAGGAACUUCUAGAGCGGAAGCGACUGGCUCGAGAGGCUCGACAACCGUCUUCUGACGGACCUCUCGAGGUUGCGAAGACGAUCCUGGAGUGCCUGAUGUAUCAGGUCCAAAGAAGAAUCGAUCGAGAUUCGGACCAGGAACUGGAGGAAACGAGCGCGUUGAAACUUUUUGGUGAACCGAUCCUACCUGAGAGUGUGGAAACGCUCGAAUCGUUCGCUGUCGGUGAACACACGUCAGCUGAGAGCAUGCAGAAAUGUUUCGUAGUGGACCACGAAGUGGUCAUUUAUUGGCUUACUCUUGAUAUUUGCCUUACUGUACUGGCCGCGGCAUUGUCAUGGAAUGUAUUACACUCGGAACUUAUCGGCAAGUGCAAGAGUUUCCCUGAAAAGUUAGCUUCAAUAUACGAAGAAUUGAGAGACGUGGAUCUGAACGACGAGAAGGACAUCGUGUUGGCGCAUCGACUUUUAAAUCACGAUUUUAUGAUACAAUUUUUAAGCACAGCCGCCAAAUUUACGGUCAAGAACAUGGAGAACAUGGUUCAGGAAAUCUUGCGGGAAAGGCAAGAUACGUGAAGUCUUGUGGUUAGAUCUCUGCAAAAAAAAAUCCACUUUCUGGAACGUUUGAAAUGCAUAAUAAUUACAAAACAAAAUAAUGGCAAAACGAGAUAAAACGUUAAAGACAAUUAUUGAAGAAAGACCCGAGAGAUUUACGAGGAGAAGCUUUAACAGGAUUUAUUAUUUCGAUACAUCACGAGCGUAACUUGUGAAAAAUUCUAAUCUUCCAAAUAAACUGCAAACACAUCGUGUAUUACGUACACGAAGAUACGAGUUACAUUUUCCUACGCCUUAUUUAUUUCGUCGUUUCUAUUUCGAUUUAACCACGUCCUCGUAUCCGUGUUCAUUCGCGAAUAUGCACC